AUGGAAGGAAUGAAACGUUUCUUUUUUGGAAAUGUACCACCAAAAGGAACAAUACCACUUAAUUCAAGUCCUAAAAAGAAAAACGAUAACACAACACAAAAGAAAAGUUAUAAAAUUGAUAUAAAAAAAAUGAAAGAUGAACUUCAAGAAUUAAGAGAAAUGCUUCAAAGUAAAGGGAUUGAAGAAAAAAGAGAGGCAUUAAGAAAAAUUGUGUUAGCAACAGCAGAAGGAAAAGACUGUUCAUUUAUGUUUAUGGAUGUUUUAAAAAUUAUUCAAACAAAUGACGUCUCUUUAAAACAGUUAAUUUAUCUUUAUAUUUCAGCUUAUGCAAGUACUGAUGACCAACAAGCAAUACUUGGAGUUAAUUCAUUAAUCAUUGAUAGUAAACAUCAUGAUGCACAUGUACGUGGUUUAGCUCUUAGGACUAUGGGAAAUAUUAGACUUCAAAUGACUGCAGAAUAUUUUGUUCAACCAUUAUUAAAUGGACUAGAUGAUAAUGAUCCAUAUGUACGUAGAAAUGCAGUUCUUGGAUUAUUAAAACUUCUUCAUAUUCCAAAUACUUCUAUUGAUCGUGAAGCAAUAGAAAAGAAAUUUGUAUUAUUACUUAAUGACACAGAUAGUUGUGUUGUAGCAAAUGUUAUUAAUGCAAUAAACGAAUUACCUGAAAUGCUUCAUUUAUUAAAAUCUCCUGAGACUGUUAGUAAAAUGAUUGAACUAAUAGAUGGUGCUUCUGAUUUUACUCAAGCUGUAUUUAUUAAAUGUUUUACUAAUUACAUUCCAUCAUCUUCUCAAGAAGCUGAAAGAAUUACACAAAAAGUAUUUGAUAAAGGUUCUGUCACUAAUGAAGGUGUUGUUAUAGAUACACUAAAACUUGUAUUAAGAUAUCAACCAUUUUUAAAUACUUCAAAAGUAGAAGAGUAUUUUAGUAUUUUAGCAAAUAUUAUAAUGAAAAUGAAUGCAUCAUUAACUAGUUCAAAGCAAUAUGAUGUAUUAUAUAUAUUUUAUAGAAAUAUUAAACACUUCCUUUUCAUUCAACGAAAACUUUUUGUAUCUCAACUAUUUUGUUUUUAUAUUUCAUACGAGGAUCCAAUUAAUUUAAGAAUAGAAAAAUUAGAAAUUCUUUUAUCUUUGGCUGAAGAGACUAAUGUUAAAGACCUCUUGGAUGAAUUAACUGAAGACUCUUUAGCAUCUCUUGAUUUUGCUCCAAAAACAUUAAAAGCUAUUGCUACAUUAGUUACUAAAUUUCCUAGUUUGGCUUCUCAAUGUGUUUCUUCUAUUCUCCGUAUUUCUAAUGAAGUACCUCAAUUGAGUGAGUCAUGUUUAGUUGCUUUAUCUGAAAUUUUAAUUCAUACUGAUGGAAUGUAUUUGAAAGCACUUCCUUUGUUAUUAAAUAAUAUAGAAAAUCUUGAAAACCUUGAAGCAAAAUGUGCAUUGAUUUAUCUUUGUGGAGAGUUUGUAACAAAAAUUACUAAUGCAAAAGAGUUUAUAGCUAGAUGUAUUGAGAAAUAUACGGACGAAUGUUUAGAAGUGAGAUUAGCUCUUUUAACUGCUUGUGGAAAAAUUUAUUGUGAAGUACCAUUUACAGAAACUACUCAAAAAGUAUUAGAAAUAGCUAUCAAAUCUAUUGAAUGUGAUGAACGUGAACGUGCAGUAUAUAUUUGGAGGGUACUUAGUGGAGGUGAAAAAUUAAUUAAAGGAAAGACAGUUGGAAUGGAAAAAGUUAUUGAGAGAAGAGAAAUGUUAAUGAAUAUUGGAAGUAUUUCUACUGUGUUAGAAAUACCUAAAAAAGAUAUAAAAUCAUAUUCUGAACCUAAAAAAACUAUUAAAAAUAUUAUUGGAGAUAAAGAAAAACAACAAGAAUUAGAUGAAAAGAAUAAAACAAUUUAUGCACAAUUAAAACAAAAAAGAAACCAAGGAAAUCAAAAAAUAUUGAGUGUAGAAAAUGAACGUAUUAACAGUUUGAUUAAUGUGUCUAAUAAUAUACACCAAUUUGAUGUUGAUGGAAUGAUAAUAAAAAAGGAAGGAAAGUUAUUUAUGAAAAUGAGAAUUAAAAAUAUUUCUGGUGUUAUAAUUAAUGGACUGUUUAUGCAAAUUAAUAAUAAUUCAUUUGGAUUAUCUUGUGGUACUUUUGAUAAAACAACAUUACAAGUAGAUGAAAUUUAUUCAACUGAUUUACCAUUAUAUUUCAAUGGAAGUUCUUUAGAAGGGCAAAUGAAUAAUGUAAUGCAAUUAGGAAUUUCACAUUCAACAAAACAAUUGAUUGUGGAUUUAAAGUAG